AUGGAGAAUGAUGCUUACUGUUACUGCUUGCUAGCUCUUCUACCUCUCCUGUACCUUACUCGGUUCUACUACGCGGCUUCCUUUGGCUCCCGUAAAAAUGGUCUUCGGCUCCCUCCAGGCCCGUGGCAGCUGCCUGUCAUCGGUAGCCUCCACCAUCUUAUCGGUGGCCUACCACACCGCGCCUUGCAAGACCUAUCGCGACGCCAUGGCCCUCUCAUGCUCCUCAGGUUCGGCGCGAACCCGGUCAUCGUCGCCUCCACCGCCGAGGCUGCCAAGGAGAUCAUGAAGACGCACGACGCCACCUUCUGCACGAGGCCGCUGAGCUCAUCCGUCAAGGCGCUGGGCAGGCGUGGCCUGGGGAUCGUGUUCGCCCCGUACGGUAAGCACUGGCGGCAGAUGCGCAAGAUCUGUUUCCUGGAGCUUCUGAGCGCCAAGCGCAUCAGUUCGUUCUGCGCCAUCCGCCAGGAGGAGACGGACCGGUUCGUCCGGUCAAUCUCCUCCGCGUCAGAGUUGUCAGGACAGCCGCUCGUCAAUCUGAGCCAUAUGCUGGCCGCGUACGUGACGGGCACGACGGUACACACGAUCAUGGGUGGACAGUUCACAGAGCACGGCACCUUGCUCCGCCACGUCGAGGAGGCCGUGCGGCUGGUAAGCGGAUUCACCUUGCCAGACAUGUUCCCGUCAUCAAGGCUGGCGCUCGUUCUGAGCGUCACGCGGCGCAGAGCCGAGGCGUUUCGAGAGGUUUUCUUAGCGUUCAUGGGACGUGCCAUAGAUGAGCAUAUGCAGAGGAUUGCUUCCUCUCAGGAAGCACACCACGAAGACAUCAUCGAUGUGCUCUUGAGGGUGCAGGCAGAAGGCAACCUUCAGUUCCCCCUCACCAUGAACAACAUCAAAGCAGUGCUUUUUGACCUUCUUGCAGGGGGGAGCGAGACAACAGCAACAACGUUACAGUGGGCCAUGACAGAGCUGAUGAGAAAGCCAGACGUGAUGGCCAGGGCGCAAGACGAGGUCAGAGCAGCCUUCAUGGGGGGAAAGAAGGUUACCGAAGAGGGUCUAGGCGAGCUGAGCUACUUGCAAUGCAUCAUCAAGGAGACCUUGCGGCUGCACACUCCUGGGCCGUUACUGGUGCCAAGGGAGUGCCAGGAGCAAUGCAGAAUACUCGGCUAUGAUGUGCCCAAAGGCGCUACUGUUAUUGUCAACGGUUGGGCUAUCGCCAGGGACCCGGAAUGCUGGGACGAGCCGGAGGCAUUCGUGCCAGAGAGGUUCCUUGGAAGUGCUAGAGAUUUCAAAGGCAACAACUUCGAGUUCAUACCGUUCGGUGCCGGUCGACGGAUUUGCCCCGGGAUACAAUUUGCACUGGCCACCAUUCAGCUGGGUCUUGCUAACCUUCUAUUCUAUUUCGAUUGGAGUCUCCCGGAUGGCAUUCUUCCGGGUGAACUGGACAUGACAGAAACCAUGGGAGUGACGGCUAGGAAGAAGGUUGAUCUGUGCUUGCGUCCAACUCCCCACGUAUAUUUACCCUGCUGAAAUGUCGUUUUUCAUCUCUUUGGUUCUAAUACAGAAUAGUAUGUUUUAGCUAGCACAAUGGCCGACAAAAGCGGGUAUCUUCUUAUGGAGCAUUGAAAAGUCAUGUUUUCAAAAAUAAAACCGAAUUUAGUUAUUG